UGAUGAUUGUCUGUCUUUUUCGUGGUUCGGAAGUUCCCUUUCUCUGUAUCCCUUGGUCCUGCUACCGGUACUUAACCCAGUCGAAACCUUCAAGGAGACAGCACAUGCAAUAUGCGGUCAACUGACCAGACGCAUUUAGACGGGCAAUGUUAUUUCGAGCUCCUUGAAUCCAAGAAUAUGUCUAAUCCACAAAGGAACGAGGACGUACUACGUCUGAUCGGUUCAUGCAUCGGUCUAAUUCCAUUCUUGCGGUUACUAGGAAUGGUUGUACUGCAUGGCACCGACUCACUCGUGUCCGUUUGCGCGCAUGCAACCGUAUCCAUCCCGAUGAUGAUCAUAGCACAGUUAGCAGCCCAAAGCCCUCAGCAUAAAUAAGAUCAUCCUUCCUUUGCAACAUGUUCAGCAGGGCUGCUAACCACACCCCUUCCCUGGGAUCAGACACUCCAGCUUUCCGUCAGCUGUGCUCCGCAGUAUAACAUGUUAUUCCUUGCUUCCCUUUCUAGCUUUAUGCUCGCAUGCAUAUUGCAAGUUGCGGCGGUCCCCCAUCCCGCCCCUCCUACAAUGCGUCGGGCGGACGUCUCAGUUCUUACUCAGAUGACGUCCACCCAGCUGGCUGAUCUGGCACCAUAUACUGAAUUUGCUCGUGCUGCUUACUGUUCACCUACCAUCGUCACCGGCUGGCAGUGUGGUCAAGCUUGUGAGGCGGUGCCUGACUUCGAGGUUUCUCUCACAGGGGGUAACGACAACAGUAUCCAAUAUUACUACGUUGGUUACUGGCCAGCCGAAAACACCGUGGUAGUUGCUCAUGAAGGUACAGACCCAAUCCAACUCCUAUCUGAUCUCACUGAUGCCGAUGUAUUGAUGGAACGUCUGAACUCCACGCUUUUCCCUGGUGUUGAUACCAGCGUCGAGGUUCACAGCGGAUUUGCUGACGAGCACGCGCUAACUGCGAGCAUCAUCUUGGAGGAGGUGAAGAGCCUGAUCUCUCAGUAUGAUGCCAGCAGCGUCACACUGAUAGGGCACUCCCUGGGGGGCGCCCUUGCGGAGCUUGAUUGUGUGUUUAUGGCCUUGAACCUUCCCUCUAGCAUCGCUAUCAAGGGUGUGACAUAUGGUACGCCCCGCGUAGGAAAUCCAGCAUGGGCCGCUCUCUUCGAUUCCCUGAUCUCGGACUUCCAACGUAUCAACAACAAGAAAGACAUUGUCCCGAUUGUUCCGGGGCGCUUCAUGGGCUUCUCACAUGUUCAAGGGGAAGUCCACAUCGUAUCGCCUGGAGACGCAUACGAGUGCCCAGGUGAUGAUGAUGCCACGGACGCUCUGUGCACAAUACAGAGUGUGCCCAAUGUCUUGGAGGGCGAUAUCUUGGACCACUUGGGUCCAUACCAGGGGAUUUAUAUCGGCACAAUCUAUUGCACAUGAUUAGCAUGGACUUGUAUUAUAUCAACUGAAAGUAGGAC